CACAUCCCUUCCUCUUCCUCUUCCUCUUUCUCUUCCCUCUCUCUCCAUCCUCAAUCUUCAAAUAACCACCGCUUCACUCUUUCAGCGGGCAUUCCUUUCUUUCGGCGUACAGUGUAACGACAAUAUCCCCUACGAAUAUUACCUUCACUCUUAUCGUAUUACGAAUCCUCUUCAACAUGAAGGGAAGCUUCUUCGCUGUUGCCGCAGCUUUCGCUGUCGGCGCCAGCGCGGCCAACCACCACGCCCACGGUGCCUUCCACAAGAGAGGAAUGGCCCCAUCCGGCGUUGCCGGCGUUGCCGUCGGCACCGCAGGUGCUGUUGAGUCGUGCGGCUGCACCACCCGCUGGGAGACCGUCACCGGCGAGCCAACCCUCCACAACCCGCCGCCAACCUCCACCAAGGUGACCAGCAGCAGCAGCGUCGUCCCCGUCCCCACCAGCACUGAGGCGCCCGUCGUCCCCGUUGUGACCGUCCCAGUUAUUCCGCUCCCAACCCCAUCCCCCACCACCCUGCAGCCAGGAACCCACACCAUCCCCGCCACGACCAUCACUGUGACUGACGAGACCACUGUCUGCGCCGCCACCUCCACCAAGGUCCCAGCGGGCACCCACACCUACGGCGGUGUCACCACCGUUGUCGUGACUGCCACCACCGUCACCUGCCCGGUCGCCACCGUCAGCACCUCCAACGGCGUCACCACCUCCAUCAUCGUCGAGACCACCUACGUCUGCCCAUCCGCCGGCACGUACACGAUCGCCCCCUCGACCACCACCGUGACCGACUCCACCAUCUUCGUCUACCCAACCCCCACCACCGUGGUCCCAGGUACCUACACCCACCCAGCCAUCACCACCACCAUCACCGAGACCGACUACGUCGUCUACUGCCCAUACACCUCGUCGGCUGCCGAGCUCCCAGUCCCAACCUCCACCUCGCCCGCCCCAGUCCAGACCACCGCGGCGGCCGUGCCUUCCAAGCCCGUCGUUAACAAGGGCGGUCUCGGCACCGACGGUGACCAGUGGGCCAUCACCUACACUCCUUACGACCAGGCCGGUGCUUGCAAGGGCGCCUCCGCUGUCCUCGCGGACCUUAAGGACAUCGCAUCCAAGGGCUUCACCGCUGUCCGCCUCUACUCCGCCGACAAGACUGACUGCAACGGUCUCGAGAACGUCUCUGUCGGAUGCGCCGCCCAUGGCCUCCAGCUGAUCGUUGGUGUCUACAUCAAGGAGACCGGAAUCGAGGGCGCCAAGCCGCAAAUCACCUCCCUCUCCACCUUCACCCGCUGGGACCUUGUCGUCCUCGUCGUCAUCGGUAACGAGUCCAUCUUCAACGGUGUCUGCUCUGCCGAGGAGCUCGCUGCCUUCAUCAUCUCCUCCAAGCAGGUCUUCCGGAACGCCGGCUACACCGGUCCCGUCACCACCACCGAGACCCUGAACGUGCUCCAGCAGCACAAGGGUGCUCUCUGCCAGGCCAUGGACGUUGUCGGUGCCAACAUCCACCCCUUCUUCAACUCUGCCACCGCCGCCGAGGAUGCCGGUAUCUUUGUCAAGAGCCAGCUCGACAUCGUUGACCAGCUCUGCCCAGGCAAGACCGGUAUUAACCUCGAGACCGGAUGGCCUUCCGCCGGUAUCUGCAACGGUGCCGCCUGCCCCGGCCCAUUCAAGCAGGCUGCUGCUAUCAAGUCCAUCCGCAAGGCUGUUGGUGGAAAGUCCGUCGUCUUCUCUUACCACAACGAUGACUGGAAGAACCUUGGCCAGUUCGACUGCGAGCGCAGCUGGGGUAUCUCCUCCCUCUUCGACAUCGUCGGCGCUGUCGUCGAUGGUGUUGUCGAUGUCGCUGACUCCGUUGUUUAAUAGCGCUUAAGUGAUUGAGUGUGUUUUUUCAGUUGGAUGGGGUAAGUAAGGUAUAGUUGAGAUUAUGGCUUGUGGGGAGGGUUUUGUAGAUGAUAUUGGAUAAGGGAGGAUCAGCGGGAGAGUACAUAUGAUGAGAAACAUGCGUGGCUACGUUCGGCAUGGCAUGGAGAAAACCCCUGGGUCUUUAAUUAAUUCUUCGAGAGAGGGCUCUAUAUUGUAUUGUAUUUCUUCGUCGUAAUUCUGGGGGUUUGUUGGAUAUUUUGUUACGCUUCAAAAAACUUGUGGUCCGAUGUGAUUGUGAGUGAACGGGCAGGUGGUGUGA